GUGACAUGACACCGCCCGGCUCUCCUCUCAAAGUGUGCGCACUCGCAGAGACAUCACGGCGGUAACAAAUGUGUUGUGGCUGAAAACCACACGGCUUCACAGGCCUGGUCCCCCAGGGGGGAAAGCAGAGGAGGGGCCAAAGUGGAGCGGAGGCGGGGCGCACGGUGCUACGGCUGAGUGGAAAGAAAGUGGAAAGUGAGAAAAUACCUGAAUGGACAAUCUGGAAUAAGUAAGUAGUAUUUUUCUGUGGAAAAUGUCUCGAAAUGCUGCCGCCGGUGAUAUGGAUGCGUGUGCGCUGCCGUAACGCAGAGAGAGACGGGAGGAUCGGUGCGCCGGAGAUCUCCGGUUUCCCCAAACAAUAGUCGACAGGACGCGAUGGUCGCCUUUUUUUUCUGAAACCGCAGGGAAGUUUAGGACCCUCAUCGACCCUAUUGUUGUUCUCACCGAGGCCACGUAGCUCUGUGGGGCGAUUUUAAAACGCGUGAGGACGAGUAUCGCGACUCCCGAGUGUUUCUAGAGGAUAUAAAAGCUCCAGAGAGAGAGAGAGAAAGAUGCGCAUGGAAGGAGUAACCGCGUCCACUUUGAUUGUAGGCCGAAGGUUUUGAAUUUUCUCCCUGGUGAAGGACUGGUGGCAAUUUGAGUGCGUCCAUUCAUUUACUGUGAGGGCGUCCCGUUUGGAAAAGGAAACGGGGAAGAAAGGGAACGCGCAUUUGGGAUAAUUUGGACGCGACCAGUGGGGCCUGGGAGUCUCCCAUUGUCCUGCUCUACUCCAACAGCCUCCUUUUUUCAAUUUGUAGGUGGCACAACUCUUUAUAGUCGCCCUAAAUGCGUCCGGGUCCUCAUAGUAAGUUAGCCCUUUGCUCGCCUUUUGUGCAUGCGGGAUAUUGUUGAAUUAUAGAUGCAGCUUGACUCCUGAUCCGUGUUGCCUCAUCCACUGGUGCAAAGCUGAAAUGUGGCUUUUACGUUGUUGCGCCAUUCAAAUUCAAACUGAAACCGUGUAAUGCAGCAGCAGCAGCAACAGGCCCUGAUUUCCUCGUCUGUACGAUCACAGCCAACCCCAGCUCUCCUCUGCUGCGACUCUCCCACCCACCGUCCUCUCCCGCCCCUCUUCUCCUCCUCUCUGUAGCCUCCCCCGCUCUCCCGCCUCCCUUCUCCUGCUCCCUACUCAUCGGCCUCCAAGAUAGAUUCCCUCAGGAGUAAGGUUGACCUGCUCAAGCUGCCCCUCGCUCUCUCCACCAAGUCCAUCUCCGAGCGCAAGAGCCAGCUGGGAGGAGUCGGCGAGCAGCGCGGCACGGGGGGAGGAGGAGGAGGCGGGGCUCGUAAAGCCCGCUCACCGCCGACCCGAGACAUGGACAACGAGUCGCAGUACUCGGGCUACUCAUACAAGUCGUCCCACUCCAGGAGCUCCCGCAAGCACAGGGAUCGGAGGGAUCGUCACCGCUCUAAGAGCCGAGACAGCAGCAGUCGUGGAGACAAAUCGGUCACCAUCCAGACCCCCGGAGAGCCACUGCUGGAUGCGGAGUCGACCCGCGGAGACGACAGGGAUGAUAACUGGGGUGAGACCACUACGGUGGUCACCGGCACCUCAGAACACAGCAUCUCUAACGAGGACCUGACCCGCCUCACCAAAGACUUGGAGGAGUCGACUCCGCUGGAGUGCAAGCGCUUCAUCGGCCCGGCUUUGGGAGGCUGCCUGAGCUUCUUCGCCCUGGUCACACCUUUAGCCUUCCUGAUCCUCCCGCAGGUCCUGUGGCGUGACGCCCUCGAGCCCUGUGGCACGCCCUGCGAAGGCCUCUACGUCUCCUUGGCCUUCAAGCUCCUGGUCCUACUCAUCUCCUCCUGGGCGCUGUUCCUCCGACCUCCUCGUGCCACACUCCCGCGCUUCUUUGUCUUCCGCUGCCUGCUGAUGGUGCUGGUGUUCCUGUUCGUGGCGUCCUACUGGUUGUUCUACGGCGUGCGGGUGCUGGAGCCCCGGGAGAGGGACUACAGGGGGAUCGUGGAGUACGCUGCCUCGCUGGUGGACGCUCUGCUCUUCAUACAGUACCUGGCUCUGGUGCUGCUGGAGGUCCGACACUUGCAGCCGGCCUUUUGCCUCAAGGUGGUGCGGAGCACAGAUGGAGCCAGCAAGUUCUACAACGUGGGCCACCUCAGUAUCCAGCGGGCAGCUGUCUGGUUGUUGGACCGUUAUUACAGCGACUUCCCUGUCUACAACCCUGCUGUGCUCAACCUGCCCAAGUCCAUCCUGUCCAAGAAGAUGACCGGCUUCAAGGUGUACUCCCUGGAUGAAAACACCACCAACAACUCCACAGGCCAGUCCCGGGCCAUGAUCGCAGCUGCUGCCCGGAGGAGAGACAACUCCCACAACGAGUUCUACUACGAGGAGGCCGAGAUGGACCGCCGGAUCCGCAAACGCAAGGCCAGGUUGGUUGUGGCCGUGGAAGAGGCCUUCACACACAUCAAGCGUCUCCAUGAAGACGAGGUCGCCUCGUCCCCCAAACACCCGAGGGAGGUGAUGGAUCCUCGGGAGGCGGCUCAAGCCAUCUUUGCCCCGAUGGCCCGAGCCAUGCAGAAAUACCUGAGAACCACACGGCAGCAGGCCUUCCACAGCAUGGAGAGCAUCCUCACACACCUGCAGUUCUGCAUCACACACAACAUGACGCCAAAGGCUUUCCUGGAGCGUUACCUCUCCCCGGGCCCCACCAUGCAGUACCAGCAGCAGAAUGGCAGGGGGCGCCAGUGGACUCUAGUGAGCGAGGAGCCCGUGACCUCGGCCCUGCGUCAGGGCCUGGUCUUCUCCUUGCGUCGCAUGGACUUCUCCCUUGUGGUCACUGUGACGCCGCUGCCCUUCUUGCGGCUCGGGGAGGAGUUCAUCGACCCGAAGAGCCACAAGUUUGUCAUGAGGCUGCAGUCGGAGACCUCGGUGUGAAGGCGGCCUUGUUGUUUUCCCACGCUGUCCUCUCUUUGUGCUCACUCCCACUGGAUCAUGCCAGUGGACAGGACAUGUGGAGGCCGUGUGGUCCACUCCCAUCCAAUCAUUUCCCCUGUGUGUGACAAAGAAAGCAUUCAAGAGGAGUGGAGGGUGUUAAUCCUCUUUCCUGUUUCAUGAUCAUCACAGAUAUCAAGCUGUGAUCAGCUCCACGAUUGUCCAAACCUGGAAUCAAACAGAUGCCUUGACUUUGUUAAGUCUUUACAACACGCUGUAUAAACAAACAACUUCUUUUCUAAAGGGGACUUUUUCUCUUUUUGCCUCUUCUUCUGCCGUAACCACUGGACUAUUUUACUGUGCUGAUUGAACACAUGAGCACCAGAGGAGGGGGACUGCAUCACAUCUGUCACUUCCUCUUUCUGAGGACUUAAAAACAGACCCAGUGGAGCUCUGACUGUCUGUCUGACUGCAGCACAAGUGUAUCACUGUUGUCUGGUUCCCUGUUUCCCAUCAGCGUGUUGUUUCGUCUGAGAUGACAAGGACUGUUUUUAUACUAAAGGGUGUGACUUUUUUUUAACGUACAGAAUGUAGCAACAUGUGCAUUGAAUUAACAUGUGGCUUUUCUGCAGCCUGAAGGCCAAAAUGUCUUUUUAUGUGACUGUAAAGAAAAAUGGAAGUACAUUCCUGAGUUGUUGUUACUUCAGACUCUGUAUACUCAUGAUUGUCUAAAUAUGCAGCUUUUAUUUUUUAUUCUACACUGGCAUUUUUUUUUAUUACUUUUACAGUUUUAGGAAGAAGACUAAGCAAAGACCCUAUUUACACCAGUUAUUUAUCCACAAUCUGUAUGUGCAUGUUUUAUCUGGGAAAGAAUGUUAAAGCUUAAGCCUUAUUGUCAACAAAUCUCAUGAAAAGACCAACAGUGUGUUAGUCUGCCUCAGGAUGCUUUCACUCCAACUGAAACACCUACAACAGCUCAGCGUUCUACUUUUAACAGGAGUAAAAAGAAGAUUUUCUGGGCAGUAAGCCGCUGACUAAUUCAUGCUACUGAAUAUUUAUAGCAGCAGGGAGUGUAUGUGCAAGUAAUUUAAAAUUAACUCCAGUGUGUGUGUUUAUAGUGUUACCAAGUGCAAAGGUGUCAGAAUCAAAGAGUCAUAUCAGGCACAGUAGUUAGUAGUUUGUUUUUGUCUCUUUGUGGGAUUUAUUGAAAAUAAGACAAAUUUAGAAUAUUGCCAGAUUUAUCCUUCAGUGCGACCUGUAAGAGCACGCAGAUCGAAUUGCAGCCCUACCAGUCCUCAACCCAAAGUCCGCCUGUUGCGGGAGCUUUCAACCACAUCUCAUUGCCCUCCUCAGUGGAUUUAGUUGCUCAGUUUGCAUCGCGAUUGUUUAGUUGUUGUUAUUGAUCUGAUUUUGGAGGCGGACAAAGAAGCCAUUCAGUCUCUGCCUUGUAGACGACCACACAUUGUUCUUGUGAAGACAUUUAUCCCUAAGACAAUUGCAGAGACAUGUUUGUUUUUUUUUUUUACAGCAUAUCAGAUUUGUCAAGGAUUAAGUUAUGGUGUAUUUCUAUUGUUGUGUCUACUGUUAAAGCGCUCCAACAACCUUUAUCAAAAAUGAAGGCAGAUAUUCAUUGUGAGAACUUUUCAGAAAAUAGAUGAGGUAAUCACACAUCCAGAAAGAAAAUCAUAUCAAGAAGACAUCAGCAAGUCUUUUGUCAUGCUGUGAGAUGUUGAAGCUUUGAAAACAGCAAGCGACUUGGCCCUUGGGGUGAGGAUUUUUACUUUCUUGACCUUUAAUGCGUUUGUUGACACGUACCUGAGUUCCACCUACACAGGUUGCAAACUCACGAAUCACAAUGCAGAACUGACACACAUGGUGUAAUUGCAAAGGCCCCUGCUGGGGUGUCAUCAUCCUUAUUGUGUGUAAAUGCCAGGUGUAAAUGGGGUCAUGGUCUGGGCCUUUUAACAACGUGCAUACUCAGUCCUGAGCUGACGGCUGUAGUUAAACUAUGAGCUGACCUCUGUGGUUUUUGGUGUUUGUAUGCAUCUCAACAAGAGUCCCAAACCGGACGUGUGAUUGUAACUCCUCUCUGCAGCAGUAGCGUAUCACCUCCUCGCCUUGUGCCGCCAGCCGAAACAAGCACAGUGAACACGCUGCCUCCAUCCGACAGCCUUAACUCCCCAGAUGUGGAGGACCAGCGCCGGGGCACAUCUGUGCUCCUCCUCCUUCAGGUCCCAAGACUUACUGUAACGCUGAAACUCGUCUCAUGUCGAGACUUGAGCCGCUCUGUUGUAUCUUCCUACUGUAUGUUGAGCCACCAGACGACUGACUGUUUGCUUUCCUUUUCUGUGAAAACGUGGUUUAAAAAACCCUUUUACAUUUCUAAAAAAAAAAAAGAAAGUAUCCAAACACAACGUCUGAUGUGUAUGACAUUUCAUGCAAGUGAUCAAAAUACAGAAGUUUUUUUUUUUUUUUUUUUUUUUUUAAAUUAAAAAAAAAAUGCAUGGCAGAUUUACUUCAGGCUCAAAAACUUUUUAUAAUAACUUGUUUUCUAUCAUUUUGAAGGUGCCUAAGUUAUGACGAUGCAAUUUUCCGAAUGUUUUUACUUUUGCAAAACAAGUGGCUUGUAAAAAAAUUGUAGAUUUGUCUUGUAUUUUCUUCUUUUUGGUAACUGUAGCUUGUAUAGUGUGUUAGGCAUUUUUCCAUCAUUAAACCAUUUAUUCCUUA